ACAAUUAAACGUUGGGGUUCCUGGCAAGCCGGAAGUAGAUGCUCCCGUUUCUUCCUCACACACAAAAAAUUCCUUUAAAAAACGAAAGCUCUGGCCUCUCAAUUUUAUCCGUCUCAUCUCGCUUAACCAACCCUCAAAAUGGACACCGUUCUCUCAAGUUCGUCGUCUUUGGUGGUCCGAUCGCCCCUCCCUCCGGUCCGCACAGUUACUUCCCCAUCUAAACACUACUCCGCAGCCGCAAUUUUCUCUUUUACUCCUUCCAUCAACGGCCUUCGAAAGAACCAUCAACGGCCCCUGCGGUUUUUUACUUCCUCUACGGUUCCUAAACCUUCGAUUCGGUGCGGUGCAGGCAUUAAGGAAAUCAAUGAGAGUGAUUUCCGAAGCACGGUGCUGGAAUCCAACCGUCCCGUUCUGGUCGAGUUCGUUGCGACUUGGUGUGGUCCCUGCCGCUUAAUCUCCCCUGCCAUGGAAUCCAUCUCUCAGGAAUAUGAAGACAGAUUAGUGGUUGUUAAAAUUGAUCAUGAUGCGAAUCCACAACUGAUUCAAGAGUACAAAGUCUACGGAUUGCCAACCUUGAUUCUAUUCAAGGAUGGGCAGGAAGUGCCACAAAGUAGGAGAGAAGGUGCGAUUACAAAGCCCAAGCUUAAAGAGUAUGUUGAUGCUCUUUUGGAGACUAUAUCUGUAGCCUAGCAGAUCUUCUCCUUCCUUUAUAAAUGUAAUUGUAGACGAUCUCCAUCUUUUUAACCUUUCUUUUUUGCCUUGCAUCUGAGUUUGUAUUUUUUCUUGUAUAAUUUGAGCUAUAAAUUUCAUGAGAUAUAAUUGAGUGAAGUUCAAUGCUAUGUUGCUUCAACUUAGAGAUUGACAAUUUGUGUAGCUCUGUCGUCUUCUUUUGUAUCUGAUAGGCUUAAAAUAAAAAAGUGUCAUGUUUCAAUUUGUUUCACCUUAAAUACAAAAUAUAU